AGAAAGUGUACUUUGGGUUCGAGAUUAAAUAAGAGUGGGGGAAGACGUCCGUAUAAAAGCGCUUUCACAGCUGAAUUCUCCAUAUUGUCUGAGCAAAAGCAGUGAAAUACAAAAGCGAUUUACUUCAAACUGUGAGUUUUCAGAGGCGUAAAGAUGCAGAUCUUCGUGAAGACUUUAACUGGUAAAACCAUUACUUUAGAAGUUGAACCCUCCGAUACAAUCGAAAACGUCAAAGCCAAGAUUCAGGAUAAGGAAGGUAUCCCCCCAGAUCAACAACGUUUGAUCUUCGCCGGCAAACAACUUGAAGACGGACGCACCUUGUCCGACUAUAACAUCCAGAAGGAAUCUACUCUCCACUUGGUUUUGAGAUUGAGGGGUGGUAUGCAAAUCUUCGUGAAAACACUCACUGGCAAGACCAUCACUUUGGAGGUUGAACCCUCUGAUACUAUUGAGAACGUCAAGGCCAAGAUUCAGGAUAAGGAAGGUAUCCCCCCAGAUCAACAACGUUUGAUCUUCGCCGGCAAACAACUUGAAGAUGGACGCACCCUUUCUGAUUACAACAUCCAGAAAGAAUCUACACUUCACUUGGUAUUGCGUUUGAGAGGAGGUAUGCAGAUUUUCGUCAAAACCCUGACUGGAAAAACCAUUACUUUGGAAGUUGAGCCUUCUGAUACCAUCGAAAACGUAAAGGCGAAAAUCCAAGAUAAGGAAGGUAUUCCACCAGACCAACAAAGAUUAAUUUUUGCUGGAAAACAGUUGGAAGAUGGGCGUACACUCUCAGACUACAACAUACAGAAGGAAUCUACUCUUCAUUUGGUGCUGCGUCUGAGAGGAGGCAUGCAAAUUUUUGUCAAAACCUUGACUGGCAAAACCAUUACUUUGGAAGUAGAACCUUCUGAUACUAUUGAAAACGUGAAAGCAAAAAUUCAAGAUAAAGAAGGAAUUCCCCCAGACCAACAAAGGUUGAUUUUUGCCGGAAAGCAGUUGGAAGACGGGCGUACCCUUUCUGACUACAAUAUUCAAAAGGAAUCCACUCUUCACUUGGUGUUGCGUCUUCGAGGUGGAAUGCAAAUCUUCGUCAAGACUCUUACGGGCAAAACUAUCACCCUCGAAGUUGAACCUUCCGACACGAUUGAAAACGUGAAAGCAAAAAUUCAAGACAAAGAAGGAAUUCCUCCAGACCAACAGCGAUUGAUCUUUGCUGGCAAACAACUAGAAGAUGGGCGCACUUUAUCCGACUACAACAUCCAAAAAGAAUCUACUCUCCAUCUAGUACUGCGUCUCCGAGGUGGCAUGCAGAUUUUCGUCAAAACCUUGACGGGAAAAACUAUCACAUUGGAAGUUGAACCUUCUGACACGAUUGAAAAUGUAAAAGCAAAAAUUCAGGACAAAGAAGGAAUUCCCCCAGAUCAACAAAGAUUAAUCUUUGCUGGUAAACAGUUGGAAGACGGACGUACUCUUUCCGACUACAACAUUCAAAAAGAAUCUACCCUCCACUUGGUGUUGCGUCUCCGAGGCGGUAUGCAAAUUUUUGUCAAGACUCUUACCGGCAAAACCAUCACCCUCGAAGUCGAACCUUCUGACACGAUUGAAAAUGUAAAAGCAAAAAUUCAGGACAAAGAAGGAAUUCCCCCAGAUCAACAAAGAUUAAUCUUUGCUGGUAAACAGUUGGAAGACGGACGUACUCUUUCCGACUACAAUAUUCAAAAAGAAUCUACCCUCCACUUGGUGUUGCGUCUUCGAGGUGGUAUGCAAAUUUUUGUCAAGACUCUUACCGGCAAAACUAUUACCCUCGAAGUCGAACCUUCUGACACGAUUGAAAACGUGAAAGCCAAAAUUCAAGACAAAGAGGGAAUACCUCCAGACCAACAAAGAUUGAUUUUUGCCGGUAAACAGUUAGAAGAUGGCCGCACUCUCUCGGACUACAACAUCCAGAAAGAAUCCACACUCCAUUUAGUAUUGCGUCUCCGAGGUGGCAUGCAAAUUUUCGUUAAGACUUUGACUGGGAAAACUAUCACUUUAGAAGUAGAACCCUCAGACACUAUUGAAAAUGUUAAAGCUAAGAUUCAAGAUAAAGAGGGCAUUCCUCCAGAUCAACAAAGGUUGAUCUUUGCCGGCAAACAACUCGAAGAUGGACGCACUUUGUCGGACUAUAAUAUUCAAAAAGAGUCAACCUUACAUUUAGUAUUGCGUCUUAGAGGAGGUAUGCAAAUCUUCGUGAAGACUUUGACAGGAAAGACUAUUACUUUGGAAGUUGAACCAUCAGAUACGAUCGAAAACGUAAAGGCCAAAAUCCAAGAUAAGGAGGGUAUUCCUCCAGACCAGCAGAGAUUGAUCUUUGCGGGAAAACAGUUGGAAGAUGGCCGAACACUUUCAGACUACAAUAUCCAAAAAGAAUCUACUCUUCACUUAGUUUUACGUCUUCGCGGGGGACAGUAAUUUUCUGGAAAUUCUAUGCUUAAUAUUUUUUUACUUUUUGUUACAAGUUUCCUGAAAUUAUGAAUAGAGAAUAAAGAUUGAUGGCUUAA